AUUAUGAGGGUGUGAGGCGAGGUGUACCGGCUGUGGACCGGUACACCUUUCCCGCGCCCUGUCCUCUGCGAACUCUCCCGCCAAUCUCCACGCACACAGUCUGAUGGCAGCGGCCAAGCUGAGACGUCCUGCUGAGGCCAGUGUGACCUUUGAGGAUGUUGCUGUGCACUUCUCCUGGGAGGAAUGGAGGCUGCUUGAUGAGGCUCAGAGACUCCUGUACCUCCGUGUGAUGCUGGAGAACUUUUCACUCAUAUCCUCUCUGGGUUGCUGCUGUGGAGCAGAGGGUGUGGAGGCACCCACUGAACUGAACAUUUGUGCACGAGCGCCUCAGGAAAGGAAUGCCAAGGCAGCUUCGUCUCCCCAGAAGAGCCACCCCUGUGAGGGUUGUGGGACAGUCUUGAGAGACAUUUUCAGCUUGUUUGAGCACCAUGGAACACAGCAGAGCCCACCACUACUGAGGUGUGGGGCAUGUGCAAAACAAUUUCAUUUCAGUGCAAAGUAUCACCAGUACCAGGAGCAGCUUAUGGGACAGAAACUUUUCAGAAGUAGUGUGGACAGGACCUCAUUUGUGAAGAGGAAGCCCUUUGUGUCAGGGAAGCCCUUUAGCCGUGGUGAGGUUGAGAAGGACAUCCAGGCUAGCUCGGGAAAUCAGCAGCAACAGGACACCCAAGUGAAGGAGUCAAACACAGGGACCCAGUGGGAAGCAACGUUACAAAACAGAAAAAGUCAGUACACCUCAGAGGAAGGCAAGAAAGCUUUUAACCCUCAACACAUACUUAUUCAGGACCAGGCUGUUAAUACUGGAAGACAGUGUUUUGUGUGCAGUGAAUGUGGAAAAACAUUCAGGUACAAAUCCUCAUUUGUCACGCACUGCAGAGGCCACACUGGAAAAAACUUUCCUGUGAAUAGUGAAAGUGGAAAAUCCUUUAGUGAAGCCUCAACCCUCCAUGAGCAUCAAAAAAUUCAUACUGGAGCCAGGCGGUACAAGUGCAGCAAAUGUGGAAAAUCCUUAAGCCUCACAUCUGUCCUCAUUCAUCCCAAGGGACAGGAAAAUAUAGAAAACAAUUACAUGUGUACUGAAUGUACUCAGUCAUUUAGUCAUAGCUCAGCGUUUAAUCAGUCUCAGAGAGUUCACACUGGAGAAGAAACUUAUGAAUGCAACGAAUGUGGAAAAUCUUUUAACAAUAGGUGGAAGCUGGUUCGACACCAAAAAUCUCACACAACAGAAAGGCCUUAUGGGUGUAGCGAGUGUGGGAAAUAUUUUACUGAGAGGGGAAAACUUGUUCGACACCAGAAAACUCACACAGGAGAAAAGCCGUAUGUGUGUAGUAUAUGCGGGAAAUCUUUUUAUCGUCGCUACAACCUGACAUAUCAUGAGCGAAUCCACCGAGGAGAAAAGCCUUACAAGUGUGGCGAAUGUGGGAAAUGUUUUACCACUGGCUCUGCCCUCUAUAGUCAUCAGAGAGUUCACGGAGAAGAAAGGCCUUAUGAAUGCACUGAAUGUGGGAAAUGUUUUACCAGUGAAUCGAUACUCAUUCGACAUCGUAGAGUUCACACAGGAGAAAGGCCUUAUGAAUGCACUGAAUGUGGGAAAUCUUUUACCUGGAUCUAUGCCCUUCAGUGUCAUCAGAGAGUUCACACGGGAGAAAAACCUUAUGUGUGCAGUGAAUGUGGGAAAUCUUUUCCCAGGAUUUAUAACUUUCGUUGUCAUCAGAGACUUCACACUGGAGAAAGGCCUUAUGAAUGCAGUGAAUGUGGGAAGUCUUUUGCCUGGAUGAAAAGCCUGCAUUAUCAUCAGGGACUUCACAUAGGAAAAAGGUCUAGUGAGUUGCAGUGAAUGCAGGAAAUCUACCUGGAACAAAAGCUUUUGUUAUCAUCAGAAAGUUAAUACAAGAGAAAGGCCUUAUGUGUGCAGUGAGUGUGGGAAAUCUUUUACCCGUUGCAACACUCUCUCUUAUCAUCAGACAGUUCAUACAGGAACAAAGCCUUACAAAUGCAGUGAGUAUGGAAAAUAUUUUGCCUCUGGUUCCACCUUCCAUUGCCAUGAGAGAGUGCACACAGGAGAAAGGCCAUAUAAGUGCAGUGAAUGUGGGAAGUCUUUCAUCUAUCAUUCCAAACUUCAUAAUCAUCUGAGAAUUCACACUAGAGAAAAGCCUUAAGUGUGCUGGCAAUGUGCAAUUUUCUGUUCAUUGUAACAGUCUGGAGGAAAUUCUUUGAAGAGACUUUUGAAUUGAAACAUCCAUGUGAAUAUGCACAGUAUGGAAAUUGCCUGUCAUUUUCACUUAUAUGGGAAGUGUUUGUAAAUAUGUCACACUUUCUGACUUGCCCAAGGCUCCUUCUAGGUUUAUUGUGUAGCUGCAUUCUGUGAUUCUAGUCCUUUCACCUUUACCACAGUGCAGGUCCACAAAGUUUGCAUCAUUCAACAGCCUAAUGUGCUCAGGGAAGCUGAACUCUGGUCUCACGAGUGUUCUAGCAAACUAGAAAUGACUGGAGCCCUCAGGAAGACAGCUUUCUCUUUGCUAGUAAUUUGGAUAUGGACUAGGUCCUCUGUUGACCCCGAGAAUGUCAUGAGUUCUGCACUCAAGCUUGCAUAGAAAUGUCUACCUGUUCCAGAGAUGUGUUCAUCUCACAUGAUGUUUUGAUGAGAUUUCCCAGCUUAUGAACUUGGUACAUGCCUUCUGCACAUUGCUUUGGCUUGCACUAAUUCAAGCCUUAUUUUUACUUUUGAGGAUCUUACUUGAUUUUAGAGAAAGGGAAAGAGGGAGAAAAAGAGGGAGAGAGUGUUAAUGUGAGAGGGAAACAUUGAUCAGUUGCCU